UGCGGUCAACACCUGCCAACAAAAAUAUCUCUUUCGCUUUUGCUGAUUUCCUCCUCUCUUUCCUUCGCUGCCCGUCUUCGUCUUCCCCUGCCGAACUCACCAAUUUAAGUGCUGCCCUCUCUCUUACGAGCUCCCGGUCCAUCUCUGCUCGCCCAAGAACAGCUCCAAGUAGCUCUCCACCCUCCUUUACGAGCCUUACAUCCGCUCGUUGUUGCUCCAGAUGUCCCACCCAAUGUAAGUGGUAAUGCAGAAAUCGGAAGUCGGCUUCCUCGACUUUGUUGGGUAUUUCUCGCUAGAUAUAUUGUAAUCUAUUCUAGAUUUCCUUUGUCUGGAUCGGUACACCGACGGGUGAGCUCGAGUGAGCGCUGACUGCUGGGGAGGUGGUGCUUCCUUAGUCGAUCGAGGAACAGGGAUGAAGAUACAGUGCGACGUGUGCGAGAGGGCGACGGCGGCAGUGCUGUGCUGCGCCGACGAGGCCGCGCUCUGCUGGGGUUGUGACGAGAAGGUGCACGCCGCCAACAAACUCGCCGGAAUGCACCAGCGAGUCCCCCUCCUGCUCCCCGCCAAUUCCAGCUCUUCUUCUUCGCAUAUCCCCUCCUGUGAUAUCUGUCAGGAGAAAGCUGGGUACUUCUUCUGCUUGGAGGACCGUGCUAUGCUCUGUCGGCAGUGCGAUGUCACCAUCCACACAGCCAGUCCAUAUGUGUCUUCGCAUCGACGGUUUCUGAUCACUGGUGUGAGGGUUGGACUUCAAGAUAAAAUUACCAGCAAUAGUAACAACGGUAGCAGUUGCAGCAAUAGCAGCAACAGCACUCUCAGAUCUGCGGUGUCCAUUGAUUCAAUUGCCGAUAAGAUGGUCGUGGAGGAAGGUGUUAAGUCACAAUGGCCUUGGCAUGAGCUUCUUGAUAGUUUGGAGUUCGAUCAGCGAUAUCGGCUGUCCAAUCCAGGUUCUUUCAGCUAAAACAGUUUGUAAAGAAAAUUGUGGCCUUUUAUCUUUACAAAAAAAGCAGGAAAGAAAAUAAGGUUGCAACUUGAAUGAUACAGUUCAUGGAAUUUGUUUGAGUGCUUUGAUUC